GUGUAAUCCGUAAACAUGUUGGUUGAACCUAUGAAGAUAAAUUAUUAUCUACGCAUUAUCCGACCCGUUACAUCCUUGCCCGAAUCCCCAUUUUCAUGAAGAAUCGGAGGUAAAGAAGAAAGAUACAAGGAUUAGUUGAUUCCAUAGAUAUAGCCUUUCGUUAGGGGAAAGACCAAAUCCAAACAUUAUGCGAUAGAGUACAUAUUGGCAUUGGAAAUUAGCUCCGGAGCUCUCCCCCCGCCAUCUUCUCUCUCUUUCUCUUUCUCUCUCCAGAGAAACCGAAAGGGAAGGGGAAAAAAUUACGAUUCUAGCCGGAAGGAAUGAACAGGCAAAGAAGAAAGAAGAAGAAGAAACGAAUCGCUAGGGGAGAGAGCUGCACUGAAUGUCGAUUACCCUCCAAGUGGAAGAAGAAGAAGAAAAGAAAAGAGGAGGAGGAGAAGAAGAGGAUAAACGACAACAGCACGACGCCGAGACCGAUCACAUUCUCAUCUCGAUAAUCAACAAAGCAAACGACGAUCACGUCGGCGACGGCGGCCGGACCGGCGGCUUCCAUUUCCGAAAACCCAAUUCGCACCUCCGUUUCCUUCUUGGCCAUCUUGGCCGGAGAAGGUCCCAGGCUGCAGCAAUGCCAACUGGGAUCUUAUGCGGGUUGAGGCCAUUUCUAUUGGGUCGCAAAAUCUUUCGACCCGAGGCGGGGAGAGGGCACUCGAGCAAGAGGGAGAAGAAUCCAGCACCGAGGCCUAAGCAGAAUGGCAGGACUCGGGGCGGGUCGACGGGGCUGUUCAUCCUGAUGAUGGACCUCCGGAAGAAGAUCAUUCUGUUUAGGGAUGUAUUUGACCUGCCGCCAUGUGAUGUCUCUGCUUCCAUAAAUGAACUGGUGACGGAAACCAUGAGUGAUCUUAUCAGUCUCUACCCUGAAAUCCUACCCAUCAAAGAUUUGUCAGAAAUCAAGGAAGGAGCUUCAAUUCACGAGGUUUUGAUAUACUUGUGUGGUGCUUUAAGAUCUGUUGGAGACGCUUGGGUGACGAAUCACGAGUGGAUGGACAAAUCAACAUUAUACAAACAGAACAACAUGGAUGAACUGAACUCAGAACAACUAGUUGAGCUUGCAUUGGCAACACUGAAUUGCUUAGUCAAAAUACCAAAGAAGAAGUCUGAUCACGACGCAGCAGACGAGGACGAUGAUCAUAGCAACGAAAUCGAACCUGCAGAUAGCAGCAGCCCAGCAGCAACUGAUCAUGACAAGUUCUUAGCAGGGUCUUACUCGGAGACCAACACUCCGUUCAGCGCUUCCCCAGUCACUCCGACGUCGGUUCUUCCUGAGCUGGUCACAUCAUGUCCUUCUCCCAAGGAGGAAGAGUUCUCCAACUUGUACUGCUCAUCGCCGUUUCUCCGGUUUCUUAGCAUUCAAGCAGUCGGGAAGCUGAAUCACAUCGACAUAAAGCGUCUGUCUUUCCACUUGUUCCCCCAUGGCGCGGGAUCUCAUCACGCCAGCAACCAUAAGAACAAUGUCAGUGAUGGUAAACUAACUGAAACGGAAGCAAAGAGCAACGAGGACAUGGUGUUUGAAAUGGACGGAAGCCAUGCAUCUGAGGAUGAUGAUAAACCUUCUGGGACCAAGAAUGAAGAUAAACCAAACAGUGCAAUGGUUGACGAGGUUUCCACAAUAGCUCAUCCCCAAGAGCUCCUGAUGUUACCACCUGUUCCAUUGCCUGAUGUUCAUAUGCCUUCACCAGUUAUCUCAGAAGACUUGCGAAUGAAGGAAGAGGAAGCCACGACAGCAUUAAUACCUCCUCCUCCUCCACCACCUCCGCCACCACUGAGCUGGCAGCCGGAGACAAAGAUAGGUACCCCGCCACCCAAACCUCCACCACUACCACCAUUCCCUUUAUGGGAUACAUUGAACACGAAUGUAGUUCCUCAGCCUCAGCCUCAGCCUCAGCCUCAGCCUCGGCCUCCACCACCACCACCACCGUUGUCUUUAUCGGUGACAUCAGAAAGGAGUGUGGUUCCUCAACCUCCACCACUACCACCGCUGCCAUCAUGUGCCACGCUUACAAAAGCUGAAGUUCCUCAACCUCCACCACUUCCACCUCCAUUUCUCACUAGAAGUCCACCUGUAUCCCACCUUCAUUUCCCAUCGGCUGCUCCACCUCCGCCUCCCCCACCACUUCCUGUUUCAAACUCUGAAGUAGCUACCACAAGUACAACAUCACUUCCACUUCCGCCACAACAACCCCCUCCACCACCUCCAGGGUUGAAUUCCCAAGCUUCACCACCACCGCCACCGCCACUACAGAAGAUAUCUGAAGGGGAGAAACUAUCCUCAGCGUCUUCAUCAUCACUGCUAGUAGCACCGCCACCGCCACCACCAGCAAGGGCAGCUUCAAUUGGAUCAGCUUCAAGCAGGGCGCCACCACCUCCACCGUCUGGACCGGGGGCUCCGCCGCCGCCACCACCAAGGGCAGCUUCAAUUGGUUCAGGUUCAAGCAGGGCGCCACCACCUUCACCGUCUGGACCGGGGGGUCCUCCACCUCCUCCACCAGGUGGUGGAGCUAAACUACUAGGGCCUAGGAAGGCACAAACUAAAUUGAAGAGGUCAAGCCAAAUGGGUAGUCUGUACAGAAUUUUGAAGGGGAAGGUAGAAGGAGGGAAUCAAGUCAAGUCACAAAGUGCAAGAUCGAGCUCAAAAUCCAGCAGCAGUGGUGGUGGGAAGCAAGGAAUGGCUGAUGCACUCGCCGAGAUAACAAGGAAAUCAGCAUACUUCCAACAAAUUGAAGAAGAUGUCCAGACCUACGCUAAAGACAUAGCAAAGCUAAAGACCGAAAUCAGCAACUUCAAAACAAAGGAUAUGACAGAGCUGGUCAACUUCUACCACCACGUCGAAUCCAUUCUCGAGAAUCUUACCGACGAAUCACAGGUUCUCGCGAGGUUCGAAGGCUUCCCACAGAAGAAGCUGGAAGCAGUAAGGUCAUCAGCUGCACUCUACUGCAAGCUCAAAGGGAUAGUCACCGACCUACAGACAUGGAAGAUCGAGUCCCCAUUGGAUAAACUUCUCGACAGGAUCGAGCGAUACUUCAACAAGGCGAAGGGAGAUAUCGAUGCAUUCGAUCGAAACAAAGAGGAAGAAUGCAAGCGAUUCAAGGGCCAAAACAUCGAAUUCGACAUGCAGAUCCUUGUCCAAAUCAAAGAAGCCGUGGUGGACCUGUCCUCCAAUUGCAUGGAGUUGGCACUCAAGGAAAGGAGAGAUGUUCCUAACAACGGGGCUCAACCGAGCAAGACGUGUUGUAAGACGUUGUGGAGGGCGUUCCAAUUCGCGUUCAGAGUGUACACGUUCGCCGGCGGGCACGACGAUCGCGCCGAUAGACUGACGAAAGAGUUGGCCCAGCAGAUAGAGGAAGAUCACAAACUGAUGCAGGAGCUUAAUCAGUAAAAACCUGUAUUCCGGUGAAAAUAUUUGAAGGAAUCGAGGAUUUGCAAAUCGACGGCUGGAGUGGCCGGUUUCUUGUUCGUUAUUAGGGUUUCGUACAUAAACUGUGAUUACCUUUUUGUGUUGAAAUUAGGGAAGUAGCGAGAAAUCGACGAUCGAUUCUCCUCGAGACCGUCAAAACUAGAAAAACAAACAAUGUAGCCGUUUUUGUUCUUGUUUUUCUUCUCCCGAUUCAUUGCCAUGUAAAUAGUGGAGUUCCCUUCUCCUUCUAAAGAAACGACCAUAUUGUCAAACUUCUUGUUCAUAUUUCAGUUUUGAUGGCGACAGAACUUUCUUCUCCGCCGCCGAUAACAGCAUAAUAAGACUUCAAAUACUGCAAUGCCGGAGUUUGUGAUUUCAGAUGAUACGUAAAACGAUCACCGGAGACAUAAAUCAGAGGCUGCCAAAAUGGCGCGAAAUCGAAAUUUGAAAAUAAAAGAAAGAUAAACUCGUCUGGGCUAGCUGCUUCGAUCUUCUGGGCUGGGCUCGAGCAUUCAAGGGGAAGAAAAGGUCCAUUUAACUAAUCCUAGCAAGCCCAACGCCUAGCCCAAUGCUUACAAGUUUGAUGAGAUUGAUUUGAAUAGUGACAAUGACUAUAAUUUGUGAAAUCACAACAAAAGUAAUAUGAUGUUACAGUGGUAAAUUCAUAGUGUACAAAUAAUAUAUUAUUAGUUUAAAAAAAUUAUAAUAAUAUUGUCACUUUAUAUCUCUCUAUAUCUCUCUUUAUAGAACGUCGCUUCCUGUCACUGUGAAGUUAGCCAAAGUUUCAUUGGAGUGAAUAUAUGAUUUAACAAAGCUCAAAGAAGAGAAGUGCAAGUAAAUAUUGAGACAAACAACAAUACAAAAUGGCUCGACAAAGAAGAAAGAUGAGACGGAAUUUAGUAUCCAUUCUAUGUUCCACGGUAGAUAGAAGCAGGUAAUACCCGCUGGCCGCUCCAAAUAGAUUUGUACCUGUUAUAACGCUUACAUUUCAUCUUAUUAGAAAUGGUCAUCGUUAGUUCAAAUUCAAUAAGAUAUUCAAAAAAUUGGGAUACCUUGUCAUACCAUAAUUUAAUUAGAAGUUUCAUUUCUAUAUAUUCAUUAAAAAAGAGUGCAUAUGGUUUAAGUAUAUAACUAUUAAAAUUAGGAAAAGAACAAAUGAGUCAGGAUGGCCGAGUGGUCUAAGGCGCCAGACUCAAGUUCUGGUUCUCGUGAGAGAGCGUGGGUUCAAAUCCCACUUCUGACAUUUUUAUAUUUAUCAUUUAGCUUGCCGUUUUUAUUGCUGUUCAAAUGACCCUUAAUCCUUAUACUUUCUUACAGAAGCACUAUUCACUGUUCUAACAACGUAACAAUAUAUUUGUCUUAGCCUAAUUAUUAGGCCCAGGCUUAUGUGUAUUGAUGAUCGUUAUCGGUCAACAACAUUUUGCUAAUGGUGUACGAGUUGAUGUGGUCUAUGAGCGACUAAUUUCUUAAUAGUUGUUGAGCAUUUUUUAGUUAACGACGAGUCUUUUAUGAACUGUUGAUGAAAUCGUGUGUUAUUACCGACCAUUUUACUAAUGGUUGAUGAAGUUUUUGUCUAUUGUUGGCUUGAGGGUAUGAUAUCAUCAACCAUUUUAUCAAUGGUUGCUGAAGUUUUUUUUUUUUCUAUCGACAACCAUUUAUCUCAUAGUUGUAUAAGGAUAGGUUAUCACCAACUAUUUUUGCAAAUAGUUGUUGAGGUAUCGGUUUAUCGUCAGCUAUUUCUCUUAUUGUUGUUUGAGAGUAGUGUAUCACCGAUCAUUUUCGCCAAUAGUGGCUUUUAUGAAGGGGUAAAUCUUAGUAAGUGUAUAUGAUGUGAUCCAUAAUUGAAUCUUGUUGUAACGAAUUGAGAAAUCAGCAAUGCAAGAAAGUAAUGAACACUAGUUCACUAA